AUGGCUGCAUCUAUCCUUUUAUUGGUGAUGGGAAUUCUACAUUUCGCCCAUGGCUUGGUCGAAUAUGUCGUCUAUCCUGCUGAUAAGAAGGCCAUGUUAGCAUGCUCGCACAUCAAUGACGCACUUGUCAAGAUACUCGGCGGCAGCAGAGUACGAAUUUACAAGAGCCAAAUCAGACAAACUACGGAGUUCUGGUUCAUCGAAGCCCUUGAAGCUCAAAAAGUAGCCAUUUUGCAGAUUCCAGGAGUGGAUGCCGUUAUGGAAAACGUGAUAGUCGCUCAGAACUCUGGAGAAAGCUUUAAAGAUACCUCGGUGUUCAUGACUGCCAAUAGCACAGGGUCAAAUCAAGCGAUUCCAGAGCUCAAACUACCUCUUCGAAGGCAACGGGACGCGCCUCAAGAUUUAGAUCUCGUGUCUUGGCCGCCUCGCAAACGACUUCCCGUCCUUGGCAAAAUGCCAUGCUACGUAUACGACAUUGCCAGGGGUAUAGACACGUACAUUUACAUCAUAGAAAAUGGUAUCAAUAAGGAUAACGAUGAAUUCGAAUCGAUGCCAUGGCCGCCAGAGUCCGACGAGUGGCACUACGCCUACGGUGUCCAUGACAGCACCACGGAUGAUAAUCUAGCUGGACAAGGGUCAUGCGUAGCAUCGAAAGCCGCUGGGUGGAAAACGGGUGUUUCGAAGAACUCCCAGUUGGUCGUGAUGAAGUCCUUACCGACGCUAGCGGACGUGAACUUCGCUUUCGCCGCAGCCUUGGACGAUAUCAUGGAGAAAGAUCGUCAGGGCAGAGCCGUGGUCGUCUAUCCCGCAACGUCGAUACAGACAUUCGGCGCUGGUUCCGUGUUGCCGAGGAAUUGGAAAUCGGUGAAUGAGCUCAUCCAGGAGCUUUUCGCCCAGGACGUUGUCGUAGUGACUGGAUCCGGCAACAACGCCGCACGCUCUUCAGCAUUGGACACAGUUCCAGCGCUUUGGGGCUUGGAACCAGACUACCCCUUGAUAGUCGCCGGGGCUGUAAGAAUAGACGGGACAAUCGCGAGAUUCUCGCAGGGCGCGGGGGCUUUGUCAGAGAUCGUUUGGGCGCCAGGAGAGAGUAUCGUUUGUGCCAAUGGACCGUCAUCCCCAGGCUUAGCGGACAGAAGCGGUACUUCGUUCGCCGCUGCAAUGGUUGCAGGACUUGCCGCAUACGAAUUGACGGGGCCCGACCCCCUCCCUCCGGGAUCAGUACCUAGCAUCAUCCGCACCAGGCUCCUUGCCAACAGUAGGCCGGUUUCUCCGUUGACAGUACCAAAAGUCAUUUGGAAUGGACAGAAUGGGGCGCUCAAUGCACUGCUGAAUAAUUCGACCUCGCAAUCUGUGCUUCAACUUGUGCAGGAAAUGCCGAACGCGACGCUCAUUUCUGGCAUUACGAACUUGACGGAGGGACAAGCGUCAGUAGCAUGA